AUGUCUUGGAAUAAUGCCAGAAAAAGAUUUCAGAGGAACCUCGAUAGGUAUCCGAAGGCUCUUCGUGCAGUUUACGAAGCCAAGCAAAAGGAAUAUACGUUGCCAACCUUUGAACCAACUAUCUUCCCAAUUCCCAAGAACGAGAGAAAGUAUAAAUUGGAAGACAUAGGGUUUACCAGCGGUGAUUUGGCAUAUAUAACUGAAGGGGAGCAUAAGGGGUUGGUUUCCACGAUCUUCCAGUAUUCUUCAGAGCUAGAUGCUGUGUUGUUGUCGGAUGUCAAUUCUAAAAGAAUUAUGCCCAAGGUGAAUUGGGUCGAAAAUCAAACAACUCAUCUUAUGGAUUUUCCUGAUUAUGUUCCACGCUCUCAUAUAAAACUUGCAGCAAAGGACAAGGAUGAAAAUGGAAAUGUUUACUAUGUUGUGGCAAAUAGCGUAGUUUAUAAAGACAGAUAUUAUGAUGAUAGAUACAAAAAAUGGUUACCUAAAAGAUUUGUGAAACAUCAUGAAUCAAUAGAAGUACCUUGGCCGAGCCCCCCACAGGAUCCUAAGGAUGGCUCGCUCUCUACAAAGGCUGAGGAUGUUUUCGAAAAAUCGUAUGAGCUUCAAAGUAUUGCCAAGCUGCCUGUUCCCAAAGAUGCGUUGAGCCAAUUGAGGAAUCCAUACUCUAAACAUAAAUCUAAAAUACUCACAGAUAGUCAAGCCAGAAGGAUCAAUGCUCCUGAUAUGCCUUUAUCGGAUGAACAAAAGAUUUACUUGGCCAAGGAAGCUCAAAGACCGACAAAGACAUAUCAAAGAUUAUCAGAAGAGGUCCAAGAUUAUAUUGGUAAUCGUAUUUCGCAACAUCUUGCCAAGAUAGAUAACCCAGCCCUACUUGCUCACUUGGAUGCUUUAUCAAAAACUACUAUUCCAGAUUUUGCGAAUACAAUGAAAAAAAUUGAGACCCUUGAGGCAAAGAAAUCUGAUCCUGAAGUGUAG